AUUUAAAAAAAUCAAACAAAUAAUUUAAUAAUUAAUAAAAAAAAUUGUAAAAUUUAUAACCUUUAUUACUAAAUCAAACUAAUUUAUUAAAAAUAACUAAAGAAGUAUAGAAGUUUACCCUAUGCUUUAUUCAUUAAAUCAAAAAAGAGUUCUAAAAAAAAAUUAAUCUAUCUAUAUAAUCUAGUAAUAUUAAAAAAUUAAAAAUUAAAAUAAUAAUAGAAUAGAAUUAAAUUCAAAUGGCUGAAACAGCAAAAACACUUCCAGUCUCAACAGAAGUUGAAAUGAAAGGCUGGCUAUUAAAAUGGACAAAUUAUUUAAAAGGAUAUCAACGUCGCUGGUUUGUUUUAUCAAAUGGAGUAUUAUCUUAUUAUAGAGCUGAACAUGGAAGCGGAAAUACCGCGGUUAAACUGUCUAUACGUAGAAGAAGGAAGGGCCCUAGACAGGAUGCAUGGAAAUGCCGCCGAUUAUGUUUUUGCGUAAAAAAUUUAAUGUUUUAUUCUCAUCAACUUAACCAUAUAAUACCAAGAAAUCAAGCAGAAAUGUCACAUACUUGCCGUGGAACGAUAUCAUUACAUGGUGCUCUAAUACACACAGUUGAUUCAUGCACAUUUGUUAUAUCAAAUGGCGGUACACAAACAUUUCAUAUAAAAGCGGCAAAUGAAAGAGAACGCCAAUCAUGGGUAACUGCACUGGAAUUAGCAAAAGCAAAAGCAAUCCGUCUCAUGGAAAGUGAAGAAGAAGAAGAGGAAACAACAGCGGCAGCAGUUCCUAGUGAAGAAUUAAAUGCUGUUAUUAGGGAAUUAACUGGAAGAUUGGAAAACCUCAAAACCUGUUAUGAUUUAAUAUCAAAACAUGGAAAAGCACUUCAAAUAGCCUUAACAGAUUUAGAAUCUGGAGAUGAUUUCGCCAAUAGAAGUAAAAUUGUUAAUGAACGUGCAACAUUAUUUAGGAUAACCUCAAAUGCUAUGAUAAAUGCAUGCAAUGAUUAUUUACAAACAGCACAAAGUCAAGGUUCAAAAUGGUCUAAAAUGUUACAACACGAGCGUGAACAAAGACAACGAUUAGAAGAAAUGGUCGAACAAUUAGCCAGACAACAUACCCAAUUAGAACAAGCCGCACAUCGUAUUAUACCAAAUACUGCAAAUACAACAUCAGAUGAUGAAGAUAAUGAAUUUUAUGACGCUCAAGAAGAAAAUCUAAAAGCCGAAACACCAGAUGAAAAUUCAUUUAUAUUAAAAUUUCAAACAAGACGACGUUCUAGAGACGGUGGUAGCUCAUCAGAAGGUGAAGAAAAAAGUGAAACGAAGCAGGUAAAUUCGCGGGUAUUAGUUGUAUCACGAGAGGAAGAUAUGUCGAAUAGUAAAGACGUUUUAGAUCGGGUUAAUAAUUUACCGUCGGGAACAUUUGGUCAUAAUAGUAUUCAAUCAAUAAGACCGGCUAGAAUACGUCGAACACGUGUACCUGAUAAACCAAACUAUCCAUUAAAUUUAUGGUCAAUAAUGAAAAAUUGUAUUGGUAAAGAAUUAUCGAAAAUUCCAAUGCCAGUUAAUUUCAACGAACCUUUAUCAAUGUUACAAAGAUUAGCGGAAGAUUAUGAAUAUUCUGAUUUACUUGAUAUAGCAGCAAAAUGCACAGAUCCAUGUGAACAAUUAGCAUAUGUAGCAGCAUUUACAAUUUCAAGUUAUUCAACGACAGCAAAUCGCACAGGAAAACCAUUUAAUCCAUUAUUAGGUGAAACAUAUGAAUGCGAUCGCACUGAUGAUCAUGGUUGGAGGUAUAUAUCAGAACAAGUAUCACAUCAUCCACCGAUGGCAGCAAUACAUUGUGAGGGUAGAGGUUGGACAUGUUGGCAAGAAUUUACAAUGACUAGUAAAUUUCGUGGAAAAUAUUUACAAAUUGUUCCAUUAGGAAAUGCUCAUGUUGAAUUUUCAGCUAGUGGUAAUCGUUAUACAUGGCGAAAGGUUACAACAACUGUUCAUAAUAUUAUUGUUGGUAAAUUAUGGGUAGAUCAUACUGGUGAUAUGGAAAUUAUUGGGAAUAACAAUUCAAGAGGAAUACAAUGCCAUCUUAAAUAUAUACCAUAUUCAUAUUUUACUAGAGAUACUCAAAGGCGUGUCAAAGGUGUUGUUAUGAAUAGUUCCGGUGAAGUUAAAUGGGUUAUUAAUGGUGCAUGGGAUAAUAAAAUUGAAAUAGCUCCAGUCAUAUCAACAUCAGGAACUCAAGAUAAUCCAGUUUAUAAAACAGGAAAUUAUAAAACAAUUUGGACAAGGAAAUUACCUGAUCCAGAAAGUGAUAAAUAUUAUAAUUUUACGGUUUUGGCCAGCCAAUUAAAUGAACCCGAAGAAAAUGUUGCUCCAACGGAUUCUAGAUUAAGACCUGAUCAAAGACUUAUGGAAGAUGGUAGAUGGGAUGAAAGUAAUACGGAGAAAGUAAGGUUAGAAGAAAAGCAACGAGCGAAAAGAAGAGCAAGAGAGGCUGAAGCAGAAGCAGCCGCAGCACAAGGUCGACCAUAUCCUCCUUAUGAACCAGUUUGGUUUAAAAAAGAAAAAGAAGAAGGUACCGAUAAUCUUAUACAUGUAUUUAAGGGAACAUAUUGGGAAAGGAAAAUGAAACAUGACUGGUCAGAUUGUCCAGAUCUGUUUUAAGAAAACAUUGUAUAAAAAAGAAAAAAACUAAAAAUUUUGAAUAAGUCUUUUUGUUUCUUAAAUUUUUGAUUUUUUUUUUUCGUUGCUUCAAAUUAAUUAUUAAUAAAAUAUGUAAACUACUAUAGUUAUUAUAUAAUUUUUUUUUUAAUUUUUAUAAUUUUGAAAAUAAAUUAAAAAAAAAGUGUAAAUUUUUUUGUUAAAAUUUUUUUUUUGUCAAGAACUAGAAAAAGAACAGUUCAAUUUUUUUUAAGAAUUAAUUAAAUAUGUUGUAUUUUUUUUUUAUGAAUACCAAAAUAUAUAAAAGGCAAAAACUGUGAAAUAUGAAAAUAAACUACAUUAUAACUACAUAAAAUAAUAAAAAGAAAAAUAAGAAUAAUUCAAAAUUAAUAAAAAUGCUGAUUUAAAUUCCUUAAUUAUUAAAAUUAAAUUAUAAAAUCAUUGUAGGCUACUAUUAAAUUAUUUCUUCCUAAAAUAUUUACAUAUAAAUCAAAAGAAAAAAAUAAAAUUUAAAAAACAAAAAAAAAAUAAUAAUUUCGCUUUCCAAAAGAUUUGAAAUCUGCGAAUUAAUUAAUAAAAUUUUCUGUUUUUGUUUGUAUUGUAUAUUUUGUUGUAAAAUAUGUUUUUUUUUUGUAUAAAAACUGAAAUUAAAAUUACUAGUUAUAAUAGUUAUAUUUGUAAUUACAGAUGCAUAUGUAAAUUUUAAUAUCCGAAAAUUUUUUGAAACCAACAUUAAUUUUACUAAUAUUUGAAUUUCUCAAUAGUUUUUUAAAAAAAUUGUGGCGGAAAUCAUUUAAAAAAACAUUUCAAAAAUGUACAUUUGUAUUUUGAAUUUGAAAUGCUUGUGUAAAUUUUGGAUAAAAUUUCAUAAUUUUUUAACUACUCAAUUUUAAUUAUUGAAUAUUUUUGUAAGAUUUAAAAAAAAAUAACUAUAUUCAGAGUAAAUCAUUUUGCAAUAUAAUUUUUUUUUUCAUUUUACAUUAAAGUUUUGUAAAUAAAAUCAUAGAAUUGUUUUAGAUUAAGUAUUUUUUUUUUAAUUUAAAUAAUUUAUAAAAUAAUAAUUACCAUAAUUUUGAUUCAGAAAAAUUCGAGUUCCAAUUGCAUUCUGAUUAAUUAUUCUUUAAUAUUCGCAUAAGUAUAAAAUUGGAAUAAUAUUUAGCACUGAAAUUUUCGAUUUACACUGGUUUUUUGUUUUUGUAGUCGUCAUCCUUGAUUCAAUAAUAAACUGUUGCUAUUGGUACAUUCUUAAUGUUAGAUGAUUGUUAGGUUUUCUUAUUGGAAAACUUCGUACCACUUGAGAAAAACUUCGUGCCACUUUUAUUUUGGAAUGCAUUGCAGAUAAAAAUUCAUUAUUAUAAAAUAUUACGCAUUAUUAAUUUUUGUUUUCUUAAGUGUACUUUCAGUAAGAAUAUUUGACAUUUAAUUUCAGAGUUGCCGCUUUCGUUCAUACUGUAAAAAAUUGAAAAUUUUAUAUUAUACAAUAACAUUCUCGUUUUUUCUUUAUAAACUAAUGAUGUGAUUCAUUAUCAUUAGUAUAUUACCAUAUAAUAUUUACUUAUGUAAUUUAUGUGAUAACAAAGUGAGAAAUUGUGCUAAACAAAAAAAAUUAAGAAAUUUUUUGCUAUCUCCAAUCCCCAACCCCCCCCCCCCCCUCCUGCUUUUCUAUUGAAUUCAGUUCUUGUUUGUUGGUCAUUUUUAAUUUAUAAAUUUUCUUUAUAACUUGAAAGUACAGAUUAUUUAAUAAUGAAUUCGAUUAAAAUAUAAAGAAAAAGUUAUUUAAUUAUUCAAAAAUAGCUAUAAUUUUUUUUUGUAAUUCUAAGUCAAAUUUAUUAUUGUUUUAAAAAUAGAUUUUAUUCGUUAUUAAAAUAUUGACUAAGAAUUACGAAUCAAAUAAAAUUUAUUGUUUAAUUAACGCUUUUUUUUAAAUAAAUGUAGUAGUUUCUUAAUGAAUAAAAUAUAUUAAAAAUUAUUCAAAUAUAAAAGGAAAUUAAUAUUAAAAAGAUUAAUUUUCUCCAAAAAAAAAAACAAUGUAAAAAAUAAAAAAUUAUUUUUUAAUAAAGCCAUCCAAUUUUAUAAUUUAAGAGGCAUUAAAGGUUUAAUAAAUAAAAAACAGGAAAAUAAUAAAAAAAAAACAUUAAAAUCGAAAAAAAAUUAGUAUAAAAUCCACAAUUUUUCUAUUUUGGGAGCAUUGUAUUUUUCUAUAAAUAAAUUGAAGUAAAGCAAAAAAAAUUUUUUUUUUAAGUAUCAUUAAUAAUUAAUCAAAUUGAAUAAUUAAUUAUGAAAAAAAAUCAAUAGCAGUAGCAAAAUUAAACAACAAAACAGAAGGAAUUAAAACAAAAUUUACUUUAAUACAAUAAACAUACACAAAACAUUUUGAAAUGUUUUAAAAUGAAAAACAAAAAUUAAUAAAAUAAUUUAUAAUAAGCAAAAUGUUUAAAUAAAACAAGAAAACAAAGAGAGCUGAUGAAAUAGAAAAGAAAACUUUUUACAAAAAAAAAAAAAAAUUAAAUUUGAUAAUUAUUUAGAAAAAGAAAAAAAUAAUACCAAAAAUGAUAAAAUAUUUGUAAAAUUUUAAUUGUCGCUUUCUGAAAAAAUAAAAUUAUAUAAAGCAAAUAAAAAAUAAAUAAAAAAAUAAAUCAAUUAAAGUCAGUAGUUGUUAGCUAUAAUAAUUAUUUAAAUUAAUGUGAAUAAUAUAUUUAUAUAAAAUAAUAAUAAAAAUAAAUGAAUUAAAUAAAACAAAAAAACCAACAUUUGAAACAUAAUAUGUGUAUGUAAUCGGAAAAUGAACAAAAACAAA